AUGACGGACGUCCCCCCUAGAGACGACAUGAGUGACACUGCCUCGCAUGCCGCUGCCCCGCAAAAUGCGGAGUCGGGCCUGCCAUCGAACGCACGCAGCCCAUCGGUGUCCGUGCCAGAGCCCUCAUCGGCCCUGCAUGAUGGCGAGUCAGGCCAUGAGGAAGAUGCGUCGCACGCGGCGGAAACGAGUGGUCCUGAUGCUACUACGAGCACAGAGGCACCAACAGAGUUGCCCCACGAGGUGUCACCCGAGUCGCGCAAGCGACAGGGAUCACCGGGCGCCGAUACCGAAGGCCGAGACAAGCGACCCCGCAAUGAAGAAAAGGGCCCUGCGUCGGCACCUCCCGAGACUUCGUCGAGCUCGGCGAGUGCCGCAGGGAACAAACCCACGGCAUCGCAGUUGAAGGAUACCAUUGCGCAUAAUGCUAACGCAGGCAACCUCGAUGUCUACGUGUGGGAGUACCUGAAACGACGAAACCUGUCCAAGACGGCCGCGUCGCUUGUCGAAGAGGCGGGACUGCCAUCUGAGCCUGAUGUGCCAAUUCGCCUGCCGCGAGGCUUGCUAUUUGAGUACUGGACGCUGUUUUGGGAUCUGUUCCGGUCACGCGUUGGUCUCGGCACGCGCGAGGCUGCGCUGUUUGGCGACUACCUGGAGAACCGGCGGCGCCAGGCAAUCCAGGAGGCCAAGACCAAGUCGUUCACCGCACCUCUUUUCCCCGAUGCCGCCACCGGACUGGCGGCCACGACGGCCGAGUCGCCGGCUACCGGUCUGAACCUGGGCCUCGCGACUGCCGCUGCUGCACCGCUUGCGACAGAUGCAGCACAGAGGCUGAUGCUCUCGCAGGAUUCGACCGGCGUGCCCGCCUUGGGGCCUGCUGCGCCGAUUGGCGCGCAAGCGCCAGGCACAAGUCCGAAUGGGAAGAUGCAAAGAGCGAGCUCUUCGCCUUCUUCGCCUGUUGUGCUUACGGGCAUGCCAUCGACGCCAGCGAGCUCCGCACAGAAUGGAACAGCACCAGGGCCUGUACAGGCCGCGAACGCGUCUGCCCCGACCUUGCCGACGCAGUCGUUGGUCCAGGGCCGCGCGCCUUCGUCGUCGCAGACGUCUUCGAGUGGCCCUGCGCCGCUGACCCAGCCGCAGCAGACACCGCAGAUGCGGAACCAGAACGUUCCCAUAUCAACGGCUCCACCGAAUGGGACGAUGGCUCAGGUGCCGCCGCUAUCGAUGAAGCCUGCUGCGCCGAAUGGGAUGGCAGGAGGUACCGGGCCCGCGACGCCGUCGCUACAGCAGCAGCAGCAGCAGCAACAGCAACAACAACAACAGCAGCAGCAGCAGCAGCAGCAGCAGCAAAUGCAAAUGCAGAUGCAGAUGCAGAUGCAGAUGCAGCAGGCGUUAGCGCGGGGCCAGAUGGGGCAGAGCGUGAACCCGGCUAUGCUCACGCCGCAGCAGCAGCAGCAGCUUCUCGUCACAGCAGCGAUGCGGCAGGGCAUUCCGCUGGACGAGCUGAAAAACAUGGCGCCUGCGGCGCGGAUGGCGCUGCUGAACAGUGUGCUGCCGAAUGCGGCGCAGACGGCGGCGAUGGCGGCGAUGCAGGCACAAGGGCCGCGUACGAACGAUCCGCAGAUGCAGGCCCGUCUGCUGCUCCAGCAGCAGCAACUAAUGCAGAUGCAGCAGAUGCAGGGCCAUGCGGCUGCACAGAACAAAACGUCCCCCUCUUCGCCGGCGACGUUCCAAGCGCUGUUUAACCGGCCGGGGCAGCGCCUGGGGACGCCGUCGCAAUUGGGAGCGAACAAGCCUGUGGGCAACGGCGCCGAGCCUGGUGCGGCGCCGAACCAGGCGAGCGAUCCGCAGACGGCGCAGCAUGCCCUCGGGCAGCGGCCGAUGGGCAUGCAGAUGCCGGUGCAGCUGACGCCGCAGCAGCGGCAAAUGCUGCUGAUGCAGUACCAGACGCUGCAAACGGCGAUGAAAAACGAGUGGGUAAAGGCGCAGAACGCGCCUGUGCCCGCGAUGGCGCAACAGUGUAUGGCGACGGUGCAGCAGCUGCAAGCGAAGCUGCAGUCUAUGGCCGCCCUACUGCAGAGCGAUCCUGCGCAGCCGGGUGGGGCCGCGGCAUUCACGGGCGACGGCCAGGGCCAGGCGAUGUUGCAGCACCUACAGCAGCAGGCGCAGGUGUCGAACGGCGCGGGUGCUGCGCUCUUGGGCCAGACGCACCUGGGGCCCAUGAUGAAUGCGCCGACGCAGGGCCAGGCGCCCCGGCCGAAUGGUUUUGGCGACGUGGAUGUGAAUGGCCACAGCGCGGCGAUGGCGCCAUACUUUGGCAUGGGCGGCAGCGGUCCGGCAUCGCUAGCGAUGCAGCAGCAGCGCCGCACCCCCGGGCAAGCGCCCGUGCAGCCGUCCGGUGUCGGCGUGCGGCCGCCCAUGAUGGGCCCGGACGGGCAUUCUCAGGGUAUGGUCGCGGGGAUGAUGCCGCAGGCGGCGCGGGGCAGUGCAACGGCACCAGCGACGCCGCAGGCGGCGCACGCCACCGUGCCGGGCGGUGCGAACGGUGCGGGCCCUGCGGCUGUGAACAAGGGCGGGCGCGGUGGCCAUGUGCGGCCGCCUGUUUCGACGCCGGGGCGGCCAGACAUGCCGAUGAGCCCGUGGCAGCCGCCGGCAGGUGCGCAGGACUCGCCGUCGAGUGCGUCGGGGAAGAAGGACCGGCUGCGGAAGCCGGGCCGCCCGGCUGCAAACAAGACGCCGGUACUGCCUGCGCGUACGCCGUGGAACGAGGGUGGCCAGGAGGAGCCGGUGCCGAAGGAGGAGCCGAGCGAGUGGGAGGCGGGAGGCAAGGGCGAGAGCGAUAUGCCGUCGCAGACGCGCUCGAUCGGCGGGGACGGCCAGGCGCAGUCGAUCCUGGAUUCGAUGCCGUCGAUGAUGGACGAUGUCACGUCGGGUCUCGCCAUGUCGUCUGGGUCCGGCCUCUCGUCGGGUGCGCCGCCGGGUGGGCCCAGCGACGACUUUUCGGCCAUGUUUGGCGUGUCGGACAUUUUCGACUUUGAUUUCGAUGGCGGCGACGGGGCCGGCUCGCAAGCCGGCGGGCUGUUGUCCGGCGCAGCGCCUAUCGCCUCCGAGCCGAGCGAUGGCGCAGCAGCCGGCCGCGAUGCGACGGGUGCCUAG